CAAGGAUAUUUUUUUCUAUUCCGUGCUAUCAUAUAUGAAUCUGGCGAGCUCAGGCCGCUAGACAAGGAUGACUGCAACCCUGUUUCUUCAAGCUACCGCUACCGCCUUUCUUUCCUCUGUUCUUAUCCUGUUAGCUCUUCUUUUCGGACGAUGUCUCAAACAACGGCACUUUUCAGUGAUUCCCGGCCCCCCGUUGGCGUCGUAUUUGACGGGAAAUCUUUUGCAAUUCUACGCUCCAGAUGCCACGAACUUCCAUAGGGAAAUAACUCGGAAAUACGGUUCAGUCAUAAGACUUGGAGGACUGCUAGGCGAAUCGCAGCUCUUGAUUUCUGAUGAACAUGCUGCCAGUAAUAUUCUUGUAAAGGAGCAUCACAUCUAUGAAGAGACAUCAAUUUUUCUCGUUAGCAACACACUUAUCCAUGGGCCGGGUCUUCUAUCGACUAUAGGUAGUGCUCAUUCUCGACAGCGCCGGUUAAUGAAUCCCGUCUUCUCAACCGGGAACAUGAGGCACUUGACACCUGUGUUCCAUAAAGUGACAAGUGAACUUUUGAACUUGCUGCUUCCGGCUGUUGAACAAGGUCCUCGAGAAAUUGACAUGAAUGACUGGCUGGGCCGGUUGGCUCUGGACGCUAUCGGACAGGCAGGAUUCGGUUAUAAUUUUAAUGCGCUAAGCGACACUAGCCCCUAUUCGAAAGCGGUUAAAGAAUUCUUCCCGUUAUAUGCACAGAUGCAACUCUUCCUGCCUUUACUCCCAUGGCUGACCAAAAUCGGUCCGCCACGGUUCAGAAGAUUCGUCGCCGAAAGGCUCCCAUCGACACCUUUGCACAAUCUUUUGGAAAUGACCGAUAUCAUGAGUAGUACGUCGAAAGAAAUCCUUAACACAAGGCUCGCCUUCCUAGACGAGAAGAAAGCAUGGGACAGUGAAGGGCCAAAAGACAUCUUCACCAUCUUGCUGAAAGCAAACAUGAGUACCGAAGGUAAAGAUCAUCUGUCCGACGAGGAACUCAUGGCGCAGAUCAAUGUGUUGGUGUUUGCUGCCAUGGACACCACUUCAACCGCUCUGUCCCGGAUUCUCUAUCUCUUAUCGAUUCAUUCCGAUGCUCAAGAAACACUUCGCAAAGAGCUGAUCGAAGCUCGUGGUGAAUCUGACCCGAGUUACGAGGAUAUCAUGGCAUUGCCGUUCCUCGAUGCCAUUUGCAAGGAGACGAUGAGGCUGUACCCUCCAAUCACUAUGCUGGCGAGAACAACCCGAGAGGAUACUGUGCUCCGUCUUGGAAAAAUGAUACGGCUUGCCGACGGUAAUUCGACUGACCAGAUUCAGAUCCCUCGAGGAACCGACGUUCAUGUCAACCUCAGCAAAGUGAAUGCGAAUCCCGACCUUUGGGGUGAGGACGCCGAUGAAUGGAAACCCGAACGCUGGCUAUCACCUCUUCCGGCAAGCGUUACCGGUGCUCGAAUUGGAGGCGUCUAUUCUCACUUGCUCACUUUCUCUGGAGGCCGCCGGGCUUGCAUUGGUUUCAAAUUUGCUGAACUCGAGAUGAAAGUCGUACUGUUCCAUCUUAUUCCUGUUCUUCAGUUUUCACCUGGAAGCAAAGGGAUCCUCUGGAGAUACGGUGGCCUCACUACACCGUCAGUCGCCUUUGACGCAAAAGUGCAACUUCCACUUCUUGUCCAAAAGGUAUAGUAAUAGAUAAUCCAGUUAUGAUACAUGCAAAACUACCCAAAAAAAGCCCUGAGAACAUAUGA